AGUGUCGAUGCUGCCGCGAGUGCUUCUGUACGCUUGUAAGACGGGUAGGAAUAUUAGUUAUUCUGCCGACCUCACCCUCGUGCCGGAAUUGUGGUAAGUAAGUAAAUAACCAAACGUCCUUGGCACCAACCAGCAGCCACUGGCAGGAGAUGGCGGCCUUCCCGCCAAGUGUAUGUUUCCGCUUGAAGUUGUUGCGUGUCCUGGAGACAGCCGGCCAGCAGGUGUUGACAUAUACCCUCCGGUGCGGGACACCCGGCAAGAAUCCUAAAGACACUUUCAUCGAGUACCUUGACAAGCUUCCUGGCACCUCGACGGCCAAAUACAAGAACACUAAGCAUAAAGGAAAGUGUUUUGAUAAGACUCAGAAGGAUUUGAUCAGGAAUGAUGCUUCAUGUAGCAAAUUUGAUAUUAGCUUGCUCUGGAAAGCGAUCACAGAGGGAUGUGAAGGAUGGGAUGAUCCUGCUAACCACCAGGCUCAGUCUCUGAUCAAGAAGAUAAAGGACACAAGAAAUGAAGUGGUGCAUGGAGCACAGAAAGACAUGGAUGAAACAGAAUUCCUAAAAAAAAUUGAUGAGCUUCAAGAUGACUUCAUUAAAACUUUAGAAGCCACGAAGGUGAAGUAUAACACUGAUGGGGUCGAAUGUGACAGGAAGAAGAACGAAAUUAAAAAAAUAGUCAACGACAUCAGGGACGAAAAGCUUAGCGAGGAUGAAAUACUGAGACGAUCAGUGGGUGAUCUACUACCACAUUUCCGGAAGGAGGCUGAUGAAGAACUCAAACAAAAACUUAGCAGUGCCAAGCUCCUUGACCCACUUUACUUUCUCAGCGGCCAAGAAAAUCACUGGGUUGAAGUUCAGGAUAUAUUUUCAGAUAUUGUAAUUCAAGAAGAAAAAAAUGAAAAGAAGAAUAUCGAUCAUUUGAAGCUACUAACUCUCUCCCAGGGUAGAAGUACACCAUCAUCGCCACAUAUCAUACUAGUAGAGGAGAUGCCGGCAGUG